GGAAGUACCCACGCGGCUCACAGAGCACUCCGUCCGGUUCUGCGGGCUCAAGGGGAGAAACGCCGAAGCACCAUGGCUCUGUUCUAAUCGCGUUUAUUAAGAGAAGCGUGAUCAAUUUACCGGCAAUCCGUCACCAUCCGCGCCUUAACCAUGGACCUCCAGUCAAGAGGCUUGUCCUGGGGGCAUCAACUUUGUCAGUAGUAACAUCUGGAAACUGUAUUUAUAAUUUUCCCCCCCAUACUGUCACUUUUUUUUGCCUUUGCACGAUGGGAUUUAAACCCAAAGUGUCAGCAGCUAGCAAACAAUUCUCACUUGAUUAACCCAAAUAUUCCUGUGGAAACCAAGACGGCCUCUGCUAGUAACGAAAAAUAAAAACAAAAAACUUUCAAGAAACGCGUUGACGAAGUCUUGCCCUCAAGUUUUCCCCGGGGUGAAUUGCUAACACACUACACAAGAACUCUCACUGAGGGCUUGUCGAUACCCCAGAGAUUCAUAAUACUAAUUUAGAGUUUGGCAGGCAAGUGUGAGGCCCCCUCAUGCAGAACCGCAGGAAAUGAAUAAACCACCUCAGCCUAUAACAGGACCCCCUGCCGUUCCCCACCCCGCCCAAUCGCCAGGACUGACACAGGCUGCCUAUCCCCCAGGUCAGCCUCCCUCGGUUGUUUUUCCCGGGCCAUCUCCACAAAUGAACACUGCACCGCAACCCAGACAGUUUGCUCCAGGGCCUCGUGCUUUACACCAACAGGGUGGAUUCAGGUCACUGCAGCCGUAUUACCCUAACCGGCCCAACAUGCAAGGCAGUGCCCCUCGGGUCCCACCCAGCAGCACCCCCCGGUCUGUUGCACCCACUCAUGUCUACCAACCUACCUCACAGGUUAUGAUGAUUCCCCAGCAACCGUUGUCAUUCGCCAACACUCACUCAACCAUUUUCCUGCAUGGACAGUACCGGCCCCCCUACAUGCCCCCAACGCAGCAGUACUCUGCAGGCUUUUACCCUGGAAGCAGUCCAGCUGAAUACGGUACAUAUGAUCCCUCUCUGGCAGGGAGGGAGAGGCAGGGGGGUGGGGGGAGAGGUGUGGGUAGAGAGAACGGACGUCUCUCGCUGCACGGAGCUCCUCUCACCUCCCAGCGCUAUCCUGCAGCUACCUAUUAUCCUGCAGCACAGCAGUACCCAACUCCAGUGUCCGCCACACCUGUCAUGAUGACUCCCGCUCCGCAGCAACCAGCUCCACCUCCACAGCAAGCUCCGCCUCAGCAGUCAGGACAAGUUAAACUGAGAGAGCGCAAACAGAUCAGAAUACGUGACCCCAACCAGGGUGGACGUGACAUCACUGAAGAGAUCAUGUCUGGUGGGAGAACAACCUCCACACCUACUCCUCCACAGAUUGCUGGUCCAGAGGUGGCAGGUCCUGUCCAGACCAAUGGUGAAAGUGUUUCGGCUGUUGCUGCUGUGAUCAAAGCUGAUGAUCAAGCGAAGUCCAUGGCUCCUCCUGCAGCUGUGUCCACCCCUCCUCCAUCAAAGACGCCAGAGCAAGCCCCUCUUGCACCUUCAGCCACUGACUCUGAACCUGUGUCAGAGGUCAGACCUGCUUCACCUGUGAGCAAGAUUCCCAUUCCUCCAGGAGAGGACCCUGCGAUAUCCCCUGCACUCCCACCAACUCCUCCUCCCACAAACAAUCCACAACUUUCAAAGCCUCAAACUGGUGACAGUGUGGAUGCUCCAGUACUCCCCGAUGCCCCAGUUCAAAAGAAGGAGCCUGAGGACGCCCCACCAGUAGAGCAGACUUCUACUGGGGUUGCACAAGAGGAGUCAGAGGUAGCCAAAGAGAAAGAGCCAGAACCUGUGGCUGAACCUGUGGUCGAAACAGAGGCCGCAUCUGACACAUCUAGCCCGGCUGCUGUCAUCUCCACCCCUGUGGAGCCUCCUCCUGCUGUAGCCAAUGAUGGUGACGUUGCUUCCAAGGACACCGCACCUGUAACCACAGUGACACCUGUUCCAGAACCAGUCGUUGAUGAGCCAAAGGAACAGCCUUUGCUUAACGGUUUGCCUGAGGACUCUGCAGAGGCUCCAGUAGUGAAGCCAGAGAGCUCCACUAAUCCAGUUGCUGAACAAGAAGUUCCUCAGGUCCAACAGAGCUGCCUUAUGGCCGUGGAAGCACCUGUAGAGGAAGCAGAGGAGCAGAAAGCAGAGGAGACACCUGCCCCUGUAACAGUCUGCCCUGUUGAGGAAAUGACUAUGCAAGCUGCCGUGACAACAGUGCCAAAGAAGAAAAAGAAGAUCAAGGAUCUGAAUAAGAAAGAUGUCGGAGAUGUCCUAGAUGCCUUCAAAGAGCCUGAGGAGGAAAAGCCUGCUCUUGAGCCAGAGGUUGCUCAGAAAGAGCCUUCCCCAGCUCCAACCCCUGCCCCACCAGCUGAAGAGUCAGACGAAACAUGGGAGGACAAAGAGGACAAGCUCGACACAGAAAAUAUUGAGCCUGAGGCAUCUAAACCUGUGGAACAGAAGUAUCAAUAUAAAGAAGAGCAAUGGAAGCCCAUCAACCCAGAGGAGAAGAAACAAUAUGAUCGAGAAUUCCUGCUUGGUUUCCAGUUCAUUGGUGCAAGCAUGCACAAGCCAGAGGGUUUGCCGCACAUCAGUGACGUUGUCUUGGACAAGGCAAAUAAAACACCCUUGCGGCCCUUGGAUCCCAGGAGUCUGAUGAACUGUGGGCCUGAUUUCACACCUUCAUAUGCUAACUUGGGUAGACAGUCAUCCGGAGGAGGAGGGCGAGGACCGUCUGCACGGCGCCCUCAGCCGGGUCGAGGCAAAGACCAAAUGAGUCGCAACCCCAAGAUCAUCACCAGCUUGUCUCUUAAAGACAAUGUGGAACUCAACCAGGCUAAGAAUGCUUGGACGCCUUCAGUGAAGAAGCAAGGCCGAGAGCGUGGAGGAGAGGAGGAUAAGGAAGACUCAGAAGCUGUGAAAACGCAGGAGCUGUUCCGCCGCGUGCGCAGCAUCCUUAACAAGCUCACGCCACAGAUGUUCCAGCAGCUGAUGAAGCAGGUGACGGAGCUCACCAUAGACACUGAAGAGAGGCUCAAGGGUGUCAUUGACCUCAUCUUCGAGAAAGCCAUCUCUGAACCCAACUUCUCUGUAGCUUAUGCCAACAUGUGCCGCUGCCUUAUAGGGCUUAAAGUCCCCACUUCAGACAAACCGGGAGUCACUGUGAAUUUCCGUAAACUACUGCUCAAUCGUUGUCAGAAGGAGUUUGAAAAGGACAAGGAUGAUGACUUGAUCUUUGAGCAGAAACAAAAAGAGCUGGAUGCUGCCACUGAGGAAGAGGUACGUCAGCGCCUGAAUGAGGAGCUGGUGGAUGCCAAGGACAAGGCACGUAGACGGUCGCUUGGAAACAUCAAGUUCAUCGGAGAGCUGUUCAAGCUGAAAAUGCUGACAGAACCCAUCAUGCAUGACUGCAUUGUCAAGCUCUUGAAGAACCAUGAUGAGGAGAGCUUAGAGUGCCUCUGCCGGCUGCUAUCCACCAUUGGAAAAGAUCUAGACUUUGAGAAGGCCAAGCCUCGUAUGGAUCAGUACUUCCACCAGAUGGAGAAGAUCAUUAAAGAGAAGAAGACAUCUUCUAGAAUCCGCUUCAUGCUUCAGGAUGUAUUAGACCUCCGAAAGAACAACUGGGUGCCCAGAAGAGGAGAUCAGGGUCCCAAGACCAUUGAUCAGAUCCAUAAAGAGGCAGAGUUGGAAGAACACAGAGAACAAAUAAAAGUACAGCAACAGCUGCUGUCUAAGAAAGACUCCAGUCAGGGUAGAGGGGGCCGUGGUGGGCAGCACUCCUCUGGCGGCCGUGGUAGCCAGACCCAGGAUGAGGGCUGGAACAUAGUGCCUAUUACCACAAAGAACAGACCGAUUGACACCAGCCGCCUCAGUAAAAUUACUAAGCCUGGUGAUUUCAACAUCCAGCUGCUGGCCCCAGGAGGAAAGGGCUCCUGGGGUAGCUGGGGCAAAGGGAGCAGUGGAGGCACAGGAGCCAAGUCCACUGGAGAUCAAGACCAGGGGAGACCUGCCACUAGCACAAUCAACCGUUUCUCUGCAUUGCAGCAGUCUGGACCCUCAUCAUCAUCAUCCUCACUUGACUCUGAUCGUAGAGUGCCUCAAAGGAACAGCUCCAGUAGGGACCGUAGCGAUCGAGAUCGUGGUGACCGAGACCGUGGUGACCGAGAUCGGGAUCGCUUUGACCGAUUUGAUAGUAGGCGGGAUGACCGAGGCCUAGACAGACCCCGUCAGGCCAUCACCAAACGCAGCUUCAGCCGUGAAAAUGAGGACCGCAGAGGAGACAGCCGUGGACCAGCAGAUUCUGUGCGCCGCGUGUCCAGCAUGACAGAGAACCGUGAUCGAGGCAGUCGGGAGCGUGAUAGAAGCAAGGAGACAGUGAAGCCAAUGUCGGCUCCUGCUCCACCACCACCUGUUCAAGCCAAACCCGCCCUGAGUGAGGAAGAGCUGGACAAGAAGUCCAAAUCCAUCAUUGAAGAGUAUCUCCACAUCAACGACAUGAAGGAGGCAGUGCAAUGUGUGCAGGAGCUGAAUAGCGCCUCGCUGCUCUUCGUGUUUGUACGGAACGGUGUAGAGUCCACACUGGAGCGCAGCACCAUCGCUAGAGAGCAUGUGGGCCUGCUGUUUCAGAAGCUUGUUAGUGCUAGAAUACUACUUCCUGAGCAGUACUACAAGGGACUGCAGGAGAUUCUGGAGAUAGCAGAUGACAUGGCCAUUGACGUUCCUCAUAUUUGGCUCUACAUGGCUGAGAUCAUCACACCCAUGUUGCAAGAGGGAGGCAUCCCCAUGGGCCAGCUCUUCAGGGAAGUGUCCAAACCUCUUCUCCCUAUGGGCAAAGCAGCAAUCUUGCUUGUUGAAAUACUUAACCUUCUCUGCAAAGGACUGAGCCACAAAAAAGCUGGAGCGAUGUGGUUUGAGGCGGGGCUCAGCUGGAUAGAAUUUCUGCCUGAAGAAGAGGAUGUCAUUAAGUUUGUUACAGAGCAGAAAAUGGAGUUCACUCUGGGUGAGGAGUCUGAGAAGCCUAGUAAGAAGGAACUGACUGCUGAGGAGCUGAGUAAACAUUUGGACAGGUUGUUACAGGAAAAAGCCAACAACCAGAGGAUCUAUGACUGGGUAGAGGCCAACCUAGAUGAGCAGAAGAUGAGCUCCAAUCAGUUUGUGCGGGCCCUGAUGAUGUCUGUGUGCCAGUCUGCCCUUAUAUGUGAGAAUCCCUACAAGGUGGAUGUGGAGCAGAUUACCCAAAGGGCCAAGCUGCUGCAGAAGUACCUCUCUGAUGAAACGAAGGAGCUGCAGGCACUCUAUGCUCUCCAGGCUCUCAUGGUGCAGAUGGAGCAACCUGCCAAU